AUGCCGAAAUUUGUCGCGAAACACGAUGGGAUGCUAAUCGCUUCCUUUAGGGCUAUCGAGCUCAUCGAUCAAAUCUUCCUCGUCGCAGGAUGCUGGAAUAUUUAUUUUGGAAGGCAUCGGAGUUACGGUUACUACUACCAGUAUGAGGUCACCCUCCUCGUUCAAGUCAGCAACCGCGAGUUCUUUCGUUUCAGUACGAGCGAGUACGACCGUGCUGUCCUCUUCGCCAAACGCGACAGCGUUGUCAUCAAACCGUGUUGGAAACUCCACGGUCUCGGCAUCUCCGACCCUGACUACGAAGGUGACUUAUGUGAACCCAUGGGCGGGAAAUUUAUCCGCCCCCGUCGCUCCUACCGGAACUGCAAUUACGCACUUCAAUGUCAGAAUGCAUGGUUCAGCUUCACUUCAAUCAAUUCAGACUACCUAAGUGUCACCGCCUCUUUAUACAAUCUCACUUCGACAAUCAGAAGCGUUACUGUUACUAAAGUACAGUAUGUAAACCUUACCCUGUCCUAUCGGAUUUAUCACCUCUAUGCCUACCGCGAUCUCGACCACCAUUCUCCCCCCUUCGACUACCGUACUACUUGCACAAGGCAUAUCAUGGGCCUCAUACAAGAACCCAAAUUGUACAGUGAACUGGGACGAUUCGUCUACAAAACAAUCUCGUUUGAAACAGCUAGCACGGUGGUAUCUCUUGGUCCAGGAGCUAGUUGGUGGGUUGUUGCAGGAAUAACGACUACAUUCCCAAAACCUUCUCCUUCUAAAAUCUCAUUAGGAACGGAAUAUAUCACACAGUAUUUUCAAAAAGGGGUUUACAUCAUUACCACGGAAGCACCGCCUGGAGGCCUUAUUGUCAUGGAUGGGUACCAUAUGACGGCUGGUGGCCCUCCAGUUACAAUUAAGCAUAAGAUAAGCCCCACGAAUACUCCUUACACGCCACAUUGCCGGACUGAGAAGCCUACUUGUACCGCGAACCAGAGAUGCCAAAUCAGCGGCGACGAAGUGCAGAUCUUCUAUUUUCCUGCGACAACAAAUGCUACUCGAGAUAUGUGUGCUACAGCACCGGUUGGAAUCGGCAUCACCACAAUAGUAUACCCGUUCUUCUCGUCUCUCGCUAAUAUCUUGCCAGCCUGGACGCCAGUAACAACGGGCCCAUAUACUGUUCUACCAGGCAACACUACGUGGUAUUCCGGCAACGUUUACAUCUCACUCAAACGAAUAAAUGCACAAUGCACCUGGUCUGGCACGGCCAUCGAAGUCGGUAAAGACCACGCCGGAGAAAUCCUAACCAUGGCGCCGUCAGAAGUCUUCUCCCAGCGAGCAUAUCCCACAACUUCGGGGAGGAUCGAAUUCGAUCCAUACGCCUAUUCUUUCAACUUUGCCGACCUAUCAUCUCCCUACCCUUGGUCCGCCUGGGAUGCUACUCCCAACUGCGUCAUCGACAAGUGUCAGAUCAUCAACGGAUCUUAUAACCCCUGGCUUGCAGUACCGGAGGCUAUCCGACGUCUAGAUCCUCGAUGGGCGACUUGCGAUCUCUCCCUAUACGGAUUAUAUGAUCCACCGAGAGCGUUAAGUUCGGUGGGGAAUAUCUUUGCGUCGCCUACGAGUAAGGGUCCAAGGCCGCCUUCUGCUACUCCAGGACAAGGUCCACCAGAAAGUGUUGUGGUGCCUACGAAGACGCCACCGCAACCGACGAAGCCCAUGGAUCCUCCUGAUCCAGGUCAUACGAAAGGUCUAGGCGAUCCGAAUGAUCCUGGACGGCCUACAAACCCUACUAAUCCUCCUAAUAACCCAAAUAACCCAAAUAAUUCUAAAAACCCAACCAAUCCGAAUAAUCCAGGGCAAAACAACCCUAACCCCGGACAAAAUCCUCCACGACCAGGCCAAACCCCCCCACCAUCGGGGCCAACAACCAUUGCCACAGUUGGUGGCUCCCCUGUCGUCGUCGACCCCAACGAUCCCAACCACAUCAUUGUCGGCGGCACAAAGACCCUCGCCCCCGGCGCCCCAGGUAUGACUGUGGGCGGCGGCACCACAAUCUCCAUGGCUGAUCCAGGCCACAUCAUCGUAUCGGGCCCCGGCGGCGCCGCACCCUCCACCAUCAACAUCCCACAGCCCAACUCUGCACAGCCAACCUCCGGCGUUAUCAUCACCCUUCCAAACGGCGAACGUGUAACCGCAACCGCCAUCCCCGGUGCCAGCGGCUCCGGCACCAGUCUCAUAGUGUCUGGCACUCUUCUCAGCCCCGGCGGCCCGGCUAUCACACUUCCAAACGGCAUCGUGAUAUCCGAAGCCCCGUCUGGCACGGGUGUCAUCGUCAUCGAUCCCACCUCUGGCGCAACAUCCACACUCGCCUUCUCUAGCAUCCCAAUCACGGGCGCUAACGGUGUAACACUAAUACCUCCAACUCCGCACCCGACACCCGGAGCCGUUGUCACAAUCGGUGGGAAACCGUACACCGUUGUUAAUGAAGGCGGUAGUAUGGUGAUUCCAGAACUAGGGAUUACGCUGUAUCCAGGAGGUCCUGCGAGUACGGUUAAUGGGACGGUGAUUUCGGAUGCGGGGACGGGGGUGGUGGUGGGGACUACGACGGCGCCGUUUUCGACGGUUACGGUUAGUGAUGACCCUGGGUUGUUUACGGGUGCGGCGGCGAGGUUUGGCGUGGUUAUGGGGGUGUGGGUGGGGGGUUGCGAUGGUAAUGUUUGGAGGGGGGAUGGUGGUUUUGUAAAUAUUAUACCCAGUGAGCUGGGGACGGGGCAUACGGGUUUGAGUAGUGAAUGGGACAUGUUUAAUGAUCCGAAAAUAAGAAUCAACUUGUCUGUCUGCAAGGAAACUGAAGCUCGCUCGACAGACAUUACAUCAUUUCCCAAGUUCAAGAAAGCGAUAUACAAUUUAACUUCUCCCUUUCCGGGAUCCCGUUCAUUUUGA